GGGCGGGCCGGCGCAGGCGCAGUGUGGGAGCACGCCGAGCGCGGGAAGCGCCCUGCAUUGGUGCUGCUACCCCACCGGUGCUGCUCCUCGUCACCUUUCCUCAGUCGUGGAGCUUCGAUAGGUAAAGGAAAAAAUGCCUGCUACACAGAAGCCGAUGAGAUAUGGGCACACAGAGGGACACACAGAUGUCUGUUUUGAUGAUUCUGGGAGUUGUAUUGUAACUUGUGGAAGUGAUGGUGAUGUGAGGAUUUGGGAAGACUUGGAUGAUGAUGAUCCUAAGUCCAUUAAUGUUGGAGAAAAAGCAUAUUCAUGUGCUUUGAAGAAUGGGAAAUUGGUCACUGCAGUAUCUAACAAUACUGUUCAAGUGCACACGUUUCCUGAAGGAAUUCCAGAUGGUAUAUUGACUCGCUUCACCACAAAUGCAAACCAUGUGAUCUUUAAUGGGGAUGGUGCAAAAAUUGCUGCUGGAUCUAGUGAUUUUCUAGUCAAAGUUGUGGAUGUGGUGGAUUGCAGCCAACAGAAAACAUUUCGAGGACACGAUGCACCUGUUUUAAGUCUUUCCUUUGACCCUAAGGACAUCUUUCUGGCAUCAGCUAGUUGUGAUGGAUCUGUCAAGGUGUGGCAAAUUUCAGAUCAGACAUGUGCUAUUAGUUGGCCACUGCUGCAAAAAUGCAAUGAUGUGGUAAAUGCAAAAUCAAUCUGCAGACUUGCUUGGCAGCCAAAAAGUGGGAAGUUACUAGCAGUUCCUGUGGAAAAAUCUGUUAAGCUAUAUAGAAGAGAAACUUGGAGUAAUCAAUUUGAUCUUUCAGAUAAUUUCAUCUCUCAGACCCUAAAUAUAGUAACCUGGUCUCCUUGUGGACAAUAUUUAGCUGCAGGGAGUAUUAAUGGUUUAAUUAUAGUUUGGAAUGUGGAAACCAAAGAUUGCAUGGAAAGGGUGAAACAUGAGAAAGGUUAUGCAAUUUGUGGCCUGUCAUGGCAUCCUACUUGUGGUCAAAUAGCUUAUACUGAUGCAGAAGGAAAUCUAGGAGUCCUGGAGAAUGUUUGUGACCCCAGUGGAAAGAUGUCAAGCAGUAAGGUAUCUAGCAGAGUAGAAAAGGAUUAUAACGAUCUUUUUGAUGGAGAAGAUACAAGUAGUGCCGGUGAUUUUCUAAAUGACAAUGCAGUCGAAACCCGCUCUUUUUCAAAAGGGAUUAUAAAUGAUGAGGAAGAUGAUGAUGACCUCAUGCUGGCUUCAGGUCGUCCUAGACAGCGAAGUCAUAUCCUAGAAGAUGAUGAAAACUCAGUUGAUGUUACAAUGAUAAAAACUGGUUCUAGUUUUCUCAAAGAAGAGGAGGAAGAUGAUCAGGCAGGCAGCAUUCACAAUCUACCAGUUGUAACAUCCCAAAGGCCAUUUUAUGAUGGUCCUAUGCCAACGCCCCGGCAAAGGCCAUUCCAGUCAGGUUCUACACCCUUGCAUCUCACUCACAGAUUCAUGGUGUGGAACUCUAUUGGAAUUAUUCGCUGCUAUAAUGAUGAGCAAGACAAUGCCAUAGAUGUGGAGUUCCAUGAUACCUCCAUACACCAUGCAACACACUUAUCAAACACUUUGAAUUACACAGUAGCAGAUCUUUCCCAUGAAGCUGUUUUGCUGGCAUGUGAAAGCACUGAUGAACUAGCAAGCAAGCUUCACUGCCUGCACUUUAGUUCAUGGGAUUCAAGCAAAGAGUGGAUAGUAGACAUGCCUCAGAAUGAAAACAUUGAAGCCAUAUGUCUUGGUCAGGGAUGGGCUGCUGCUGCCACUAGCGCCUUGCUCCUUCGCUUGUUUACCAUUGGAGGUGUUCAAAAAGAGGUCUUCAGUCUCCCUGGGCCUGUUGUGUCAGUGGCAGGACAUGGAGAACAGCUUGUCAUUGUUUAUCACAGAGGUACAGGAUUUGAUGGGGAUCAGUGCCUUGGAGUUCAACUGCUAGAGCUGGGGAAGAAGAAAAAACAAAUUUUACAUGGGGAUCCUCUUCCUCUUACAAGGAAAUCCUACCUUGUGUGGGUUGGCUUUUCAGCUGAAGGUACCCCAUUUUAUGUGGAUUCAGAAGGCAUUGUUCGAAUGCUUAACAGAGGACUUGGUCAUACGUGGACUCCUGUAUGUAACACCAGAGAACACUGCAAAGGAAAAUCUGAUCACUACUGGGUGGUUGGUAUCCAUGAAAAUCCCCAGCAACUGAGGUGUAUUCCUUGCAAAGGUUCUCGAUUUCCUCCCACCCUUCCACGCCCUGCGGUAGCUGUAUUAUCCUUUAAGCUUCCUUACUGUCAGACUGCCACAGAGAAAGGACAAAUGGAGGAACAGUACUGGCGUUCAGUUACGUUUCACAACCACCUUGAUUAUUUAGCUAAAAAUGGUUAUGAAUAUGAAGAGAGCACUAAAAAUCAAGCAAUAAAAGAACAACAGGAACUUUUAAUGAAAAUGCUUGCGCUUUCUUGUAAACUGGAGAGGGAAUUUCGUUGUGUGGAACUUGCUGAUCUAAUGACUCAAAAUGCUGUGAAUUUAGCCAUUAAAUAUGCUUCUCGUUCUCGGAGAUUAAUACUGGCCCAGAGACUUAGUGAACUGGCUGUAGAGAAAGCAGCAGAAUCGGCAGCCACCCAAGCUGAAGAAGAGGAAGAAGAAGAAGAGGAUUUCAGAAAAAAGUUGAAUGCUGGUUACAGUAAUACUCCUACAGAGUGGAGUCAGCCAAGGCUCAGAAAUCAAGUUGAAGAAGAUUCAGAGGAUACUGGAGAAGCUGAUGAUAUAGAAGAAAAACCAGAAAUACACAAACAUGGAGAAAACCCAUUUUUCAAAAGUGUAAAUUCCUCUGAUAUGCCAGCUAUUAAGUCAGGUGCAGUUACCUCUAGCAACCAAGGACGAAUAAACCCCUUCAAGGUAUCAGGCAAUUCCAAAGAGCCAUCCAUUUCAGUGAAUUCAGUACGUUCAACUAAUAUUUUAGACAAUAUGAACAAAUCAUCCAAGAAAUCUACUGCACUUAAUCGAGCUACAAAUUAUGAAAAGUCUCCAGUUAUAAAGCCUCUGGUUCCAAAACCAAAGUCUAAGCAGGCAUCUGCAGCAUCCUUUUUCCAGAAAAGAACUUCCCAAGCUGAUAGGACUGAGGAAGUAAAAGAAGAAAAUCCUAAAAAUCCAUCACCUGAAACCCCAGCUAUGUGUCCUCAAAACACUGAAAAUCAAAGGCCAAAGACCGGGUUCCAGAUGUGGCUGGAAGAAAACAGAUGUAAUAUUUUGUCUGACAAUCCUGACUUUUCAGAUGAAGCAGACAUAAUAAAAGAAGGAAUGGUUCGAUUUAGAGUAUUGUCAACUGAAGAAAGGAAGGCAUGGGCUGCCAAGGCCAAAGGAGGAACUGCAAGUGAUGGAGCUGAAGAAAAGAAACGAAAACGUGUGGUCGAGGAUAGUCACGAAACUGAAAACCAGAAAGAAAGAACGAAGGAGAAUCUGAAUUUGCCUAAAAAGCAAAAACCUUUAGAUCUUUCUACAAAUCAGAAACUGUCAGCUUUUGCAUUUAAUCAGGAAUAGAGUAAGGAAGUGAACUUAGGAAAGUAAUGGAUUUUUUACUCAUCUUUGAUGAAUCCAGACCUUUUAAAAAAAUCUUUAGGAAACUCUUUAUAUAUUUUUAAAAGAGUUUAAAGACUGCUGUUUGUCUUUAUAAGAUAAUGUAGUAAUUAUAUUGGUGUAGGUAGCAGGGCAUCUGUAAAAACUAUCAUGUCUUCAGAUUACUUUGUCCCCAAAUGGAGGGCCAUUCAGAAGCAUUGUGGUCAUGGUCACUGACUGGAGGCCACUGUCAUGUCCUAUUGGAAGCUGAUUUGAUUUUGUUUCUUACCUUCAAAAUCAUCAAAGCCAAGGUCUUAAAACCUCUGAGCAUUGAAGUACCUUGUAGGGUUUUCCUUGUUUGGUUCAUGUCAUGUACUGGGAAGUACUACAGAAGUCCUCUUCCCAAGUGUGUUACCAUAGACUGCUCUCUAUGUCUAUACUGGCCCCAGGGGACCAUGUAUUUUUUUUAUAUGGGCCGUAAACAUGUAAAUAAUUUUGUAGAUGAGACCUUUUGUUUGUUUUGGCAGUUUCUUCAUAUAUUACUUUUAAUUAUUUGUGUAGCCUUUUUUUUUAAAUAAAACUUUCACAUUUCCAUAUUUAGCUUGA